AUGAGCCACAGCACCAUCCUCGACAGCAACAACGCGCUUGUCCAGAAUGCGCCGCCUCUUCCACCUGUCAAGACCACCUCUCCCAUGCCUCUAGAUCGCCCAUCUGUCUCCCCGCCGCCUGAAGCCUCCAAAAUCUCACCAACUCGCCUUCCCGAGUCCGGGAACAACGAUGCACUUGAUGCCGAGAAUGACUCCGAGGCCGAGACCUUGAUCGUAUCUCCUGUCAAAAAACGCGACUUGCUCAAGCAGUCUAAUUCUGCCCAGGCCUUGGAAAGCAUUGACGAGAUUCCUGAAAAGACUGCCGUCCAACCGGACGAGGAACACUCCGAGACCGCUCGUGAAGCCUCGGAAGACAAAGCUCAAACCAACGGCGAUGACCUACAAAAGCAGGAAGACCAAUCAGUCGCCAAGGAUGUCAAGCCAGAUGAAAAGACUACUUAUGCCAAUGGAGAUAACCAGGACAGUGACAGUGACAAUUUGAGUGAAGUAUCCUCGGUGGAAUCAUUUGAGGUCGGAAACGGGCAUGGAAACGACGUCAAAAACAACGAGAACGAUGAUGACGACGAUGAUGAGGACGGCAGAUCGUGGGCCUCAGAUAAGGACGACCAAGAACGAAGCUCAAAUCCACGGAAACGCAAACAUACAGAUGUAGAUCAGCCACGUCGGAAACGAAGGUCCAGCCAAGAUGACGGUGAGCACUCCUCAUCUCCUCAAUUGCGCAGACACCGACGGACUGCAUCAGCGCAAUCCGCACGCCCCAGCCAGAGCCGGAGCAACAGUGGACAACAUUUACAUACAGCGGGCGUUGCACGGCAACGACGCGCCGCUACUCAUAUUCCCGUCCGCGAAACAAUGCUUGCAAGGAACGUCUGGGAUUCGGAUACUUCUUCCGAAACAUCACAUCAAUAUCCUAAAAGCAGACUUACCCGAAACACCAGCAGGGCUGUUUCAACACCAGGUCGACCAAUGGGUUUAGCAAAGCGGCACGUCAACAAAUACGGCUUCACUCGCCUGGCCGAGGCAUGCGAGAAUGGCGAUCUUGACGGUGUCAAGGAAUGGCGCGCAAAGGACCCCGAACAACUGGAACAGCGCGAAUUUGCAGGCAACACUCCCCUCCAAGUCGCCUCCCUGAAUGGAUACCCCGAGAUCGUCAGCUAUUUGCUCGAGCAAGGUUGCAAUCCACAUUGCGCAAAUGCAGACAAGGAUACCCCCCUCAUUGACGCGGUCGAGAACGGCCAUCUUGAUGUUGUUCAAAUCCUCCUCAAAGCCGGAAUCAACCCUUUACAUUGCAACCUGAAAGGCCAGCAGGCGCUCGAUGUCAUCACCAAGGAGACCGACAACGCAACCGAGAUCCGUGCUGCUUUGCGCGAAGCAAUCGAAGACUGGAACAAAAACGGCAGAUCUGAGCAAACGUACAAUGUCGAAGAACCCGCUUCAAGGCCUGGACCAAAGCAAGGCCUGCAAUUUCUUGCACGCACCUACGAGAAUUUGCUCAAGCUUGUUAGCGAGAAUGACAGGACAGCCGUUCAGGAGUUCCUCGAUGCUCGGGUGCCCGUCGACAAUAACGUUGUGGCGGCGGCAGCAAAGACUGGCGACCUAUAUCUUGUGAACAUGCUUCUCGCUGAGAUGACCCCUAAGAAGGCUCGUCAGAGAGCUGAUAGACCCAUGCUCUCUGUUAUUGGAACCUCUCACUUCGAAAUGGUCAAGGCCCUUACCGAACUCGAUCAAUUCGAACCUAGAUGGCGCUCUAAGAGUAGCAACCUGACCUGGUUCGAGAUCGCAGAGUCCAAGCAGGGUCCGAGAUGGAGAGAAGAGAAGGCGCUCCUCGAAAAGUUGUACGAGAAGGCUGAUAGCGCUCAUAAGCUGAGCUCCAGUCCCGUUGCUCGACGCGAACCCACGAAGAAACGACGAAGAAGCGCAGAGCGCCACAACGACUCUGAUGUGGAAAUGGAAGACGCUGACUCACCGGAGAGAGCACGAAGCAGAAGACGCCUUGUAUCUAAGAAAGACAUGCGUACAGCUAGCCGACAGCGAUCAUCCUCGGAACUCUCAGAUGUCGCGCCUCCUAGAAGACACGGCGAACGACUCUCGGAUCAGAAUCUCAAACCACCUGGACCACGUAAGGUUGGACGUCCAAGAAAGCACAGUAAUUCCCAUCUCUCCGAACCACAACCUAAACGACAGCGUUCGUCCUCUAUGAUUGAGCCUGCCGAAGAAGACCAUACUCCAUACGACUCCGAGGACGACGCUCAACAUGAGGAUGAUGAGGAUAUCAAGAUGGAGGAACCCGAUCGCGAAGCUGCAGAAGCCGAGGCCACUCGCAAGGCCGAUCUCGACGCAAAGGCUGAUGCGCAGAAGCUAGCAGACAAGUUGCGCAAAGACGAACAGACCCGAAAAGAGGAGGAAGCUGCGCGUCGCAAGGAGGCCGAACGUAAGGCCGAAGAAAUCCGUCAGCAACACGAGCGAAAGUUGGCCGAAGACCGUCGUCUGGAUCGAGAGAGAAAGGUUCAAGCGCUUCCAAGCGCUUUGAGUCACGUCCUCGGCCUGGUAGAUGUCCACGGUAAGGAGAGACAGGCCUACAUCCAGAGACACUUCCUUCCAGUCCAGGUCGUCAAACGAGCCGAUUUGGGAGACGUCGGAGAAGAGGGCAAGCCUGACGACCUUUGGAUGCUCAGCUAUCAGGCUGCUGCAAUCCUUACUGGAAAAGACGCAAACAUUCUCUUGGAUCUCCCUAUCGAUGCCAAGACAAAGCCGUCCUUGCUCUCCGGAUCAACGACAUCUAAGGUGACUGAGGAGCAGCGCCGAUUGAUGCUAGCAUGCCUACAGUCAACGAGUCUGGUCCAUGGACUUCCUUCAAACGAAGACAGCGAAACAGAAGGACCAGGAAACUUGUUGGCCGAGCUUGCCGAAGCCGAGAGGAUCCAACAUCGUAUCAAGGAAGACCGAGCAAAAUUCUUGAGCAUGGGCUCUUUGAGAUGGAUGCGAUUCAGUGACUUUUACAAGAUUGCGACAUCAGCCGAAUGCCCACACCUGGAUGGACUGGACCUUCAGAUGAGAUUCGAUUGCUGUCUCGACCCAUUCCCUUUCUCAUCGGAUAUCAAGACAGUCAACGGCACGAACGACAACGACAAGGAGCGAGUCAAUGGCACGAAUGGCACCGACCAAAGGGGCCUUUCCGCGGCUGGACCCGGAGUUACGACGAUUACGGUUGUACAGGAUUGA